AUGGCGACGGCGGCGGCAUCGCCCGCCCCCCUGCAGCCUCAGCAGUUGCUGGGGGAGGAUGGGCGGGGCUACGACCUGGCGCGGCGUCUCGACGCGUGCGGCGCGUGGCGGGCCUGGCUUGGCGACACCGCAUACGGCGGCUUCGUCCACUCUCUUGCUUCUCCCGCCGCCUGGGAGACUUUCAUGCGAUCCGACGACGCCGCUGGGAAGACCCGCGCCCAGAUCCUCCUCCAGCUCCGGGCUCGGGCCCUCCUAUUUGACAAGGCUUCCGUCUCUCUCUUUGUCAGCCCUUCCGCCAGUGGCGUCUCCCCCAACUCCGCCUCCGCCCACCGCCCCUCCGCCCCCGCUGCCACCUCCCUUUCCAACAUCAACCCUACCUGUGAGUGCAUUCGCAAUUUCAACCAAUUCCGCCUUUUAUUGGGUUUCCGAGCGAGUUAAUACUCUGUUUUUCCCCUCCUUGGAAAUAGCGUCUCUAGUUGCUUGCGGAGUUCUACUAUUUCAUGUACUCCGACAAUAGGGGGGGCGUACCUCGUGUGUCCGAGAAUGUGAUUUGCAGCCUGUUUUCCCCUUCUUUUCCAUACCAGCAUCUCCGUUUUGCUGUUGAGCGGCCUUUUCUUCAGACUUGCAGCUACACGCGGAUGAUAUCUACUUUUCAUUGGAAGAUGGUGCCCAGGACGUCAUGCAGCGCCGGGACGGCGCUGUCGUCCCUCCGUCUCGUCCACCUCAAGCAAUGGUGAGGUCCAGACAGGUGAUACCCACUGCAUUCCCCUUUCUUACCUCUGGCACGGUGAAAAGUACGAGCAGUACUCGGAUCAAGACCUGAGUCCGGUCUUGUUUUUUUAGCGCGUGUUUGAUCUUCGGCCUGUGAUCACUUGGGUGACGUUUGUUUGCUAAAUUCUCCUAAUACACCUUCAAUAAUCCUCGUAGAAAACAGAUAAUGUCCGCUGACCGCCCUGAGGUUUUUUUCUGCCCCGCUGACUGAAUGUUCUGAUUAUGAUGCAGGCUCAGCCCAGAGCAGCACUUAGUUCCUAUUGCGGCCGAAAGCCCAGCUCUGAAUCAAGGUACAGCGACGCUGAAAACGAGCAUAUGUCGCAGAGAGCCAAACUGGAUGAGCUGCCAGAGACAUGGUACAAUCAAUGCACAGAUAAAUUAAAGAAGGGAAAGCCUUGGAGAUCCCCGCUUGGGGACAGGGAACCCAACAAGCGGACUCCUGACGGCAUGUCAACUUAUAUCAAGCAUGUUGAGACACAUAAAAGAAAGCGGCGAGUACUUUUAGAAGAAACCCAUGCGGGGAUCGUUGUCCCCUCGCGGGAAAAUGGAUCUCGCAUGCAGAAUGUUUCCCAGGACGUGAGCAGUACUGUGGAUGAUGACACUUUUCUGCUUCCAGAGGUGAUGUUUCCAUCCAACUGCGUACCUGAUAGUGCCCUUCCACCUCCAAGUACCCAGGAGAAGAAUCGGAAGGUGGAUGUCUAUGGUGUUCUCGACAGUCUACCUCAUUUGAUAUGCCAAAGCCCCGCAGUGAUGGAACGAUUUGGCAUCAGACCCGAGAACAUGAAAGUGGAGUUGGCUAGGAGCAAAUAUAGGGGAAAGUAUGGACCAGAGGGAAGCAGGAAACUUAGUCCUGAGCAAGCAUCUCAGAUGACCCAAAAGGUCAUUGCCCGUGUUCUGGGCAACGCGGGUCUUGAGGGUGGGACUGAGGUCUCCAUGGAAGUCCUUUCGAAAUUCAUGGCCGCUCAUGUAUGUAAAUUAGGUCGCAUCUUGAAGCUUCUCUCAGAUAGCUACCGACGGCAGUAUUCGUCCACAGAACUCCUUAAGAUGUUUGCACGAACGGCAGGGAUCAGGCAUGUUUGUUAUUUUUUCCAUUGA